AGUAUUCUGAAAUUUGGUGAAACGGUAUCUUCGUGCGUUUGGUUAUGUUAUUAAAAAACUAAAAGUAACAAUUUACGCCAAAAAUAAGGUUAUUGUCGUGAAAUCUUCUUAAAUUUGUUUCCAAAAAAUAUAAUUGAUUUUUCUUUUUAUAUAAUGUUGGCCGUAUUGAUUCGGUUGUCAACAACUUCAGAGUGGAGGUGCGAUAGUGAUUGCGCGUAGUGUUAUUGUUUUGUGGAAAAAAUUGUGAAACUUAACUAAAUUCAAUUCGUUUACUUAAAUAUUUCCUUACGAUUCCUAUCUUUGUUCUGAUAUAUUUAUUUUCUGUGUGGAAUAUGUCAGUCAUCAGCACGGUGAUAUCCACCGAUAUCAGCCAGGUGCUGCAACGACCUGGCUGUUGCUCGGUUCCGCUGUGAAGUCGUUCGUAGUUGUUCUUUGAAUAGCGGCCACCGCUGAGAAGAGCCACGUGUGGCUCUGCGUACAACCGGGGGCGGGCGCUUUGCGCCGCCCCGCAUCUGCAUCCCUUUUUGACGAGGCUGUGCCUAUACGUUAAUAGGUGAACUUUUGGUCCAGAUACCUGCCAGAUGAUUUAUUGACGUGCUGUGAGCAUGAUGUAGAGUCGAAAAAUUUCGAGCCGCUGCCGUUCGCAUCAGACGAUUGUUUAGAUGACUUUUCACCCGAUCGCCUGUUCCUGUUGACCAAAAUUCUGGAAUUGACCACGAUGAGUACGGGUGAAGAUGAACCAUCGUCUGGUUUAAAUGGAAGGUUGAGACCGAGAAAAUCUACAAUCCCCAGUCCUCUAACAACUACGAAUAUACGCAAACUGGAUACUAAAUCUGCUCAGGACAAACCUAAAAAAACUACCACCCCGUCCAAAGUCUCUCCAAAUAAACUUGAUGAUCUCACUGACAAGUCUGAUUCACCUGCUCCGCAAAUUCUUUGCACUUAUUGCGAUAAGUCUUUCUUUUCUAAACAAGCUGUCUCUAAACAUAUUCGACGCAUUCAUAUUUUGAGUACAAAGCAAGAUAACGUCAUCAACUGCUUGUUUUGUAACCACACGGAAUCUGAUAGUAACGAUAUUAUUCGGCACAUGGUCGAUAACCAUCCAAAUCAAUAUUUCGCUUGUUAUGAUUGUCACACUAGAUUCCCUUCUACUACGGAACUAGCAGAGCAUAAGCUUAAUGUAUGUGAAAACCCUAAAUUACCAUACCGUAACAAGUUGCGCCAGAAAACGAAUCCAAAAAAGGGCCAAAAGGCUCGGAGUAUUAAUGAUAGAGAGUUUGAAAACGAUGAUAAAAAUUAUUCCGGACAUGCUUUUAACGGUAUCGUUAUAUCAUGUGAACUUAAGCCUUCACAUCCUCACGACCCAAUCGAUAUUGAAGAUAACAUAACGACUAAUUUAAUACUGCCACCUGGAAAAAGUUUGGGCAGUGUCAAUGGAAUCGAAAAGAAUGCAAUUAUCGUCCUAGAUGAUUUGCAGUGGAAUAAGAGGAUACCACCCAAUUUCUCUUUUCACAAUACAGACGCUGAUCAAAUACUAUCUAGACUGGGAGUAGUCCACAGAUCACCGAGGACUGGAGAAAAUAAUAGAAAAGAUUGGUUAAAACAUAUUGACGAUUCAAAUCAAAAAUUUGAAAAAUGUUUUGACACAAGUUUCUACUCAAAGGUGGCUAGUAAUGUUCAGGAGAAUUUAGCUAAAUUUCUCGAUGGUUCUUUUAACUUUAAUCCAGAUCCAGAAAACACUAUAAAAACAAGAAAAGCGAAAAAUAGUGUUGCUAUUAAUACAGUAGAAGGAUUUCCUAUUCUGUUAGCAUCUGAUCAGUUUUCUAGGAACGUUUUUGAUGGCUAUAUGCCAAGAAGUAUUGCGCCAAAGCAUAAAUGGAAAUGGGAAAAUCUUGAAAGUGACAAAAACUUAAUGAGUCCCGAACAAAUAAAGCGUGACUCUCACACUAACAAUUGCAUUAUUACACUGGUUUCCAGUUUAGACAUAUGGACUCAACUUUGCAUGAGACGUAAAUUUGAAGAAAAAUUUACCACGUCACCCCUAGAGAAAAGAAUCGAGAAACAAAGCAUUAUUGGAAACGAAUUGAAAGAAAUAUUAGAGAGCAGAGAACUUCCAACUUCGUCUUCUCAGGUAGUUAAUUAUACUGGCCCGACAUUGCAAACUUGUGAUAGCUCAGACUUUCCUGCUUCCCUCGGUUUAGUACCAAAUGCACCUAAUUUUGAUUUAAAGCCGGCGGUUCUAAGCGGUGAGUGGGUGAGGCCGCGGUGCUAUGUUUGUUGUGCUUGUGGAGCGCAAACCCGUGACUCUAGAGCUCUCUCGUCUCAUAUUUCUACUCAACAUCCUAAUGCGCAAAUACAACAUUAUGAAAUAGUUGGCGAAGUUCUAUUAAAUUCGGAUAUUUUAAAGCAUUUGUAUGUGCCUCCAAGUCAGCUGAAUAACAGAACUCGGCCUCUUAGAGGAUUCAGAGAAUGUACAAAAUGUAGAAAGGGAGUGUCUUUGGAAGAUCUGCAUCAGCAUAUGCUAGAUUGUGCAGGUGACACACCAACUGUGCGAAGAAAAUGUAGAUAUCGUCCAUUUGGUGUUCGAAAGCGUCGUCCUCGUCUUCCAGAUAAUACUAUACGACAAGAAAUGCGUAAAGAUAUUCGACAUUCUAGGCAUAACAGAAAAACGCAUAUGAGACCUAGACCAAAAAUAAAAACUGAAGUUGGAGACGCUGAAACUAUAAGAAAAAUGCUAGCAGAUUUACCGGCUAAACGUCAUCGAGCGAUAGUAAAUCCCUUAAAUCCUAUUUUACGUCCCCGAAGAAAGCUUAGCAAACAACGGUCAAAAAUGGUUAUUAAGAAAAGAGCGAUCGAUGAGAUGACAAAAAAACCAAAAUCGAGUGACUUGCCGCAAACGAGUAAUUCUAAUAAUGAAGACCGGCAAAAGAGUACUAGCAAUUUGAAAAAACCUGAUAAUAAAGCUCUUCAACUUAUAACCCACUCGGCGAAAAGAGCAUCAUCAGGAAUCUUAAGUCAUAAAAGUUCUUUGAUAAAAAAAAAUACUAUAAACAAGAAUAGAAAAAAAGUCUUCGCCACUAAAGAAGCGGAAUCUGGCGGAAUUGACGGAACUUGUGGUACUAGAGAAAAUGAUGGAUCUGGUGGAACUGACGGAGAUGAUGGUACUGACGGAAAUGUUGGAACGGACGGAAAUGAUGGCACUGACGGAAAUGAAGAAAAAAAUGGAAAUAAUAGAGGCGAUGGACUGAUAGAGUGCUCAGAUUUACCUUUGAAACCUCCAGACAAUGAGGAUAAUAUCCAAAUAAAUCAAAUGUCCACCAACAAUAAUAGUUCGGAGAGAAUAAAUAUUAACGACGGUUCAUCUAACUCACGAGAACACGGAAAUCGCAAUAGUGGAUCGAACAACAAAGAUGGCCAAAAUCCAGGUUGUAGUGGACAAAAUAGUAACUCUCGCGACUCUUUUGCUCCGUCUCAGAACGUUCCUUUAAAGCAUUCUAUUGCUCGCUUAACUGCAAGUUCUGAGACUCAUGAUAAAUCUGUUCAGUUUCACCACUUGUUCUUAGUUCAACAAGAAUGUAAUAAUGCCACUCAACACUUGCCAUCGGGUCAACGAAUGCUUUUUGAAAAUGAAGCUGUGGUAACUAAGUUGGACAAGCCUCCUUUACAUUUCAAUCAUUCAGAAGUAUUAGAUGCACAGAGUUUCCAACGAAACAAAUUAAACAAACCUCGUAAAGGAUUAAAUGAUUGUAUUGCAAUGCUUAGAAAUAAAUUAGUGGAACCAAAUUCUAAUAUUUUGCCAGGACAUGUAUCCGUACAAUGUGGCAGCGACGAGCCCUUAGGGCCAGAACCAGUUGUGAUCGAGCGUAGACGGUCAACAACUGAUUCAAAUAUAGAAACUGCACAAAGGUCAAUGCAAUUGUUUUAUCCUAAUAGAACUGUGGAAGAUACUCCUUUAAGUUAUGACACUAGCAGUCGUGUAACACGUCGAUCUUCAACACGACAUGGGCAUAGUUCUCGCCGUGAAAAAAUCAUGGAUGUUCAACCAAAUAAUGAUUUUAUAUACUGGAAUCAAUUUUACUAUAAUAAAGAAAUUUUACCUACCAAUAAAAGCAGCCAAAGGUACAACAAACGUGAAUCGACUCGUCGAAGAUCUGUUGUUUCAACAGAAGAGUUAUUACUACAACAUGCAAUGAAUCUGGAAAUGUUGUCUAAAAGUAAUAGAAAUCUUAAAAACCUACCGGAUCACCAAUACCCUAAUGUACCAACAAAUGUUCAAAUUACUCAUAAAACAUCAAGAAAAAGUCGUCAAGACGGUCCAACAACGAGAUCUACUUCUAAUAAUAGUAUGAGAAAACCUAAAAAUAAAACUACUACAAGAACACGACAAAAAAAAGUUACAGAUAUAAAUAGUUCUCAAGGAAAUAUUCAACAAAAAAUAUCAGAUGUCGAUGCACAGUCUAUAAAAAAACUAAAUGAAAGAAAUUUUGAUCAUAGCACAGUAAUUAGCAACAUGGCUACAACGAAUGAAAAAAUCGAUCAUUAUUAUGUUCAAGAGAGGAUAGAAGAUAAAACAACUGAAGUUGGUGUGGAAAAAACAAUAUUACAUUCGAGUGAUAUGUCAGAAGAGCAGUUGUGUUCAAACAUGUGUCCAAAUAUUCCCAUGAUGCAAUACGGUAACGAUUAUGAUAUACUUCCUGUUCAUUAUAAUAUGCACAUAGAUUCAACGUCGACGGCACCCCUUGACCUCUCAAACAAAACAACUAACUUGGAAGACUACAUUACGGAAGAAACAUACUGUGGAGGAAAUUAUGAUAGUUAUGAAACAUUGGAUUUAUCUAAUAAAAAUGUGAAUAUUGUUGUACCUGAAAAACAUCUUUGCAUUAAUAAUGAUGAAGUGGUAGACCUACGCGUUAAUAAUAGUUCUCAGUUGUUGCCAUCACACACAACAACAUCAUUAUCAGACAGAAGUAAUAACUUAGAGGACAAUGCAACUGAUUUAUCUUAUGGACACCCCGAAAGUUGGAUAUAUGAACCAGACGACUGCUUACCAACAGAUUUGUCUAUGAGAAGCAACGACAUGUUGAUGGAUACUUAUGAAAAAAGGAGGCUUUAUACACAUGACAGCACUGUAGAAAUUAAUAUAAUUGAAGAUUUAUCACACCCAACAACCCAUAUACGUGAUAUGUGUAUGGUUGUUCCCCAAAGAGAGGAUCUGAAUACUGAAGAACCUACUGAUUUAUCUAUUCGGAGAAUUGGGAGUAGAACAGAUAUUUCAAGUGUUUCCAUCUCACAAGAGUUACACAUUCGUAGUUGCACACAUUCAAAUAGCAUCAACAAACAAUCAGGCCAUAAUGAUUUAGAAAUUCCAGCUGAUUUGUCUAAUACUAAUAAAGAUACAGUACAUAAUAAUUAUUAUAUAGACGAGCAAAGGAUGCCUCAAUAUUUAGAAGCAGUGGUUACAAAUAAUCAUGAAAUAGGACCUGUUAUUGAUGGUAUAGCCGCACAAGCACAUCUAAGUUCCAUAGAUUCUGGUCAAAUUAUAGGCCCUCACUACAACCGUACCACGCGAGUUCCAAUCCAAGCAGCUGCAUUAGAACCAAGAACUAUCAUCACGUUUUCUGAACCUUUAUUAAAUGAAACACAAAAUAUGCCUACAGCAAGCUUAGUAUCAAAAUCUUCUGUACCAUGUGACUUACCAAUAUCGAUUAAUUGCCCGUCGAUAAAAGAAUGUGGUAAUCACAAUGAUGUAACUUACUUAAUGAGCGAUGUGCCACUGAGCUUAUCUACUAAAAAUAUUGAUGAGAGGACAAUUUGCAGUUUAAUGCAUCGUGAAUUAGUACCGAGCCAUUAUGAAUAUGAAAAUACUAAGCAAACUUGUACGUUAUCGCAAUAUAAAGAAGCAGAAUCCUCACGUACAAACACGAAUGCCAACGUAAGUGUUACAUCGAAAGCCUACCCGCCAGUUAGGCCAGCAAAUGAAACAACUGUUGUUUGUAAAUCAAGUUCUCCUUUAGGACAUAAAUCUAAUAAUAUUAACAACAGAAAGCUAUCUUGUGAGAAUGAUUUAUCAAGGGAAAAAAGCCCUGUUUCUGCGUAUAGAAUAGAUAUGGAAAAUUGUAAUGUGGAGACUUUAAAAGAAAAUUACAAUAAUAUUAAUUUAGACCAGGAUCCAGAAACAGCUAAAAAGAUAGCAAUGUUACCCAAAGAGCUUGUAGAAAUUUUAGGGACAAUGCCUGCAGACCAUCGCAUUCAACUUCUUAAUGUUUUGCCUCAAUAUGUAUCGUCAUCAACAUCGCCUGUGUUACCUCAACAUACUGGAAGUGAGAGGCGUAAUUCGACUUGUAUCUCCGCUAAUUCUUCGUCACCGUCACUUAUUAGCAAUCAUUCAGAAAGUGACCUAAAAUCAUCCGAAAAUCUACCUUUAUUACCAAACCAAACUACGUCUUCUCAAAUUUUACAAUUUGUAGAAACAUCACCUACAGUUUCGAGUUCUAUACUCUUAACGCCGCCUACACCUCAACUGUCAGAUCGCCAUUCAAAUCAAGCCCAUGAAAAUAAUGAAAUUAAAUCGAUAGAAUAUCGAAGAAAGUCUAGAAUUUCAACAGAUGAACAAACGCCUCAAAAUAAUUUAAUUAGUGAAAACUUAAAAGCCGGCUCAUAUCCAACAGCAUUAGAUGAAUAUAAUCGUCAAGAUCGCAUAAUUGAUUUGACUGGUGAUGACUUUUCAUCAGACAUUCCUGAUGUUUCGUAUAAUGUGGAACCAUACGCGAAUUUAACUCGUAGCUCAAAGGACAUGCCAAGUUCUGCUCCUAAAUCCAAAGCAUUAAAGACGAAUAGUGACAAAACUGCGAGUUUGAGGGCAGUCCGUAUUAAAACUUCAUCUGAACGACAACGAACAGUUUUAACUGAAAAUACACUGGCAAAAAAACAUGUUGAUAGUACUUCUCACUUAGUUGAAGAGGAACUUCAAAAUAAAAGUUCUGAAGUAACGAUGGCUAUCCAACAAGAUGAAAUAAGUAGCACUCAACAUCGUCCAGCUAUAAGGGCGUCUCCAACAGUCCAGGUGGGGAGUGAUAUGUGUCCAAAAGAACGCAUUUUAAAUGAUAUACAAAUGCCAGUAGAUAAAGCGACCGAUGAAAAUAAGGGUUAUGAUGUAAAUUAUAGUUUACCUGAUAAGCAAAAUAUAGUAACUUCGUCGCUUUUGAAGGAUAUGCAUUCAAAUUUUAAAGAUGAAAUAAUAACAAAAGAUAAUAUGCACCAUGCUCUUAGCAAUGAAUCAUCAAAACUACCCGUUUCGUUAAAAGCGAUUGAUGUAAGAUUUUCGAAAAAUAUUGAAAAAGAUUACUGCUCUCAGUCAAACGGAUCGAACCGUGAUGGAUUUCUUAAAGACAAAAUAGUAACUAAGACUGAAUGUUCCAUAUCACCGGGCUCAAAAAAAGUAUUUACCGUAGAAGAUGAUGAUUCUGAAGAUGACGUAUCUUUAGCUGUUAUUGUGAAACAAAAACGUCGUAUUUUAAAUGCAUCUCGCGAGGAUGAAACAUAUGAAAAGAUAAAUACAACAAAAGAAGUUGAAAUAUCAUUGGAUAAGUCGUCCGACCAAAAAAACCCAGUGUCGUUUAACAAAACCGCAUCUUCCGAAAUGGGCAGCUUAAGUGAAUCACAAUUGCCAAAAAGUUCUAACGAUGCAUGUAAUAAUACAAAAAAAAUAAAAUUGAAUGAGAAGCAAAACAAAUUGUCUGAAUUACCUUCUAGAAAAAAAGGCAGAAAAGGACGUCGCGUCAAUAUUAUAGAGAGCACCAACUAUGUCGGACAACAGGGGCCACCGCUUAACAGGAAAGCUGAGAGUAAGAAUGAAAUUAAUACAGAAAACAAUAUGAACGCGGAUAGUGAAGAAAAUACGGGGGUUUCCGAUAAUACAGCUAAAUCUGAACAAAUUGAACCAGAUAAUAAUCGAUCAACACCAAUGAAUAUCAAUGUAGAAAGGGAGAAAGAAAUUAUAUCGAACACAACUGCAAGAAAAGAAGAAGCAAAAGUACUGCAUAGUUCAUGUAGUGAUUGCCUUACUUCAGAAAACGUAAUCAAGGAAAAAUCUAAUUUCGAAGCAAAUAUUGGAAGCCAGAAACAUGUUACAGAAGAUUCAACUGAAUAUAAACUUAUGAGAACGUCCAAUUCGAUGUGUGAGGAUGAUAUUGAAGCUAUAGAGAGUGAGAAACUUUUUUCCAAAGAUGUAUCUUCUAAAGAAGUAAAAAUAGAUGAAACUCGAAUUAAUGACAUAAAAAAUCAUCAAGCUAAUGUCAUUAAAAUGAAGGAGUCUAAAAAUAUUUGUCAUACCAUAGCAGCUGUGGAAAACUUUGUUGAAAAUAAAAGUGAAACCGAAACAGAUGAAACGAACCUGACACCUCUGCGACGAAGUAGACGAGGAAAAUCGUUGUUUAUUGAUAGUAGAUCUAUUUUGAAUGAUAAUUCUUUAAAUACUGAAAAUGCUACAGAGCCAAGAGCUCCAUUAACAAAAAAGCAAUUAAUUUUUUCAAAACUUUUGCAAGAUGAAGAAAAUCAUAAAAAACCAGUUUUGACUACUACACCUGAUAACCAAAUUUCUGAAUCUAUAUCAAAAGCCUCUAAUGAAAAUAUACUGGAUAAUAGUCGUGAUAGUGAAUUUAAUAAUUAUGAUACUGAUGAAAUUAAAUGUAAUAAAAGAAAAAAAUCGCCACAAUCCAAAAAGAGAUUGAAAAAGAAAAAGUCCGUAACGAAUGUUCAAAUAACUAAUGAAGAACCUGAAGAGCAAGAAGCAAAUGAAAAGAUAAUAUGCCUAGAACUUAAUAAUAAAACACCUGAUAGCGAAGUUUCGUCAAUUUUAGUGACUUCUCAACUUAAUGACACAAAAAAUAUAACUACGAACUCAACAGAUUCACGUGGUGAUCAUAUUGAUAUUCCAAGCACUGUUAUUACUAAAAAAGCAAUUGAAAAACGAAAAUCUAAUUCUCCUAAUAGAGAUGAAUUGCUACCAAUUUUGAAACUAAAGAAACCUAAAUUAAACGAUGAAAUCACCGUAGUGUCACAUACAGAAGGUAAAAAUUACAUAAAAAUUACUGAAACUCAAAUAAAACUGAAGGAAAACAUGGAUUCUUUCCCUAUAGUAGGCGCUACACGAAAUACAACGUGUUACAAUAAGGCAAUAAGGCGAACACGAUCAAAGUCAGUUUGUAUAAAAUCUUCUGGAACGGAGUUCUACGACCCAUACGAUAUUGAUAAGAUUGAAGAUUUAGAAGAUGUGAUCGAUAAAACCGAAUCAUUUGUUAGAAUAAACGUUUCUUCAAUUCAGUUCAACGCAUCGAAAUCGGUAGUUGCAAUUAAGACUCGAAAAUUAAGUAAAACUGUUCCUUCAGCUAUAAUUGAUAUAUUACCAUCCGAGGCUAAAGCCCUCAUUGAUGAUGUCAGUGAUGAUAAUGUAGAUAUAAAAAAUACAGUUGAAUAUAAUAAUCAUUCUAAUGUUGAUACGAAAGAUGGCAGCAGUGAUUCUGAUGCAUCUUCAAAAAGCGAUGUUCCACUAAAAAUAUAUGUACAAGAAAAGGAGAAAAAGCUCAGGGAAAUAUCACCUACAUCAGAACGGCUGGAAAAAUCUAUUAGUAGCGAAGAAAACGGUAAAACAGAGGAAAAGUCGAAAACUCGCAAAAGAUAUAAGCAAACCCAAUCUAUAAACAACAACGACUUAAAAAAUAGUAUUAACAAGACACAAAAUGAAGAAGAGCUACGUUCCGAGCAGUUUAUGGAAAGUUUCGGUUUCUUCUCCGAAAGAAAACCAAGAAAAUCUAAUUUAUUGGCAACUAAAAAAAUUUCAGAGACAUACAAUUUAAUUGAAAAUGAUGAAAUAUAUUAUGCAUCCACAGAACGUGUGACAAAAAAAUCUGUAAAUGAUAAUAAUAAAGAGGACCAGGCGUUAUCAUUAAGAAAAUCAAAAUGUAUCGUCUCACCUCCUAAAAAAGCUACAAAACGAGGAAGAAAAAAGAAAACCACCGUUAUAAUUCAACCUAGUUUUUGUAAUAUCUGUAAAAAAUUUUUUCGUAGGUGGGAUAACUAUGUAAGACAUUUGUUAUCUCUAUAUCAUAUUUCAAGACUUGGUGAAAUUGAAUUAAAAAUUAAAGUAGUAAUUAUUGAAGAGGAACCUAACUAUUUGCUCGCCUUUAGGCAGCAACUUAAUAGAUUAAAAGUGCUUCAAAACAAAAUAGCGAAACGGAAAAAAAAUUGUUUGUCGACUGCAGAUAUUGUUCUUCCAACAAUUGAAGAAAUUUUAGCUGACGUAAAAAGAACUAUUCGAGAGCAACAACUUUCUCGUCGAAGCUUAAGUCGUGAUGAGGCACUAUUUAUAGAUUGUUGUGAAAUGUUAAAAGAGUCUCAUCAAAAUCAAGGUGAACCAGUCAAACGAGUUCGUCAAUGUAAUAGUUUUAAUUGUGAACAGGCAUGUCAAGAAGAGUUAGCAUUGUUAGAAAAAAGUAUUCUUGAUGACAGAUGUGCUAUAAAAAGUGACGAGGAAAUGGACUCGGUAUCAGCUAAAAAGAUAUUGGAAAGUGAGGAAGUUCGAAACUUAGAAAACGAUUUAAUAUCCAACCUAAAAGAAGCGAAUGGACUUAAAGGACCAUUAACUAGUAAUCAGUUAGAAUCACCGGAAAAAUUGACUACUAUAACGGAUUCGCAAACUAUUUUAUCCAAUUAUGAAAUAACAGAAGAGACUAAUAGAUCUAACUAUAAACCGAAUACUGAAGUUAAAGACAAAUUAUAUCCUGACGUCAUCGAAAACAUAGAUAUGUUCGAAGACAAAUUUGAUAAGAUAAAAAGAAAGUGUCGGUCUCAAGCAGCAGCUGCCAAACAAAAUCAAACACACGUCGAAUUGAAUGCCAGUUACAAAAAUAGAAAAAAAUCAGAAAAGAAAAAAGUGAACAAUAGGAAGGGGCAAAACACGGUCCCAACCAAGGCUGCUUUAAAAGGAUUCGAUGGUGUCAAGGUGCCAAUUCAAACAUCGGAUAUUAAUAUGCCAGCGAUCGCACCACUUGAAAAAGUUCACAGGAAAAAAAGAAAGAGUGGUUCUAAAAAGAAGAGAGAACGAACAAAUUCCGAAAAAAGUAACUACCGUGAAAGUAAUAAUUGCACAAAAGAAUUAUCCCAGAAAAAAGUUGACGUCUACGAGUUUAUGGACACCGAAGACACUGAGGUAUUUGAAUUUAGACCAUCGACUCUUAUGGAAAGACUUAAAAGCAUUAACAAUAAACAAUUACCUAGUACAUCUAAAACACUAAAUGAAACCGAAUUAGCUGAAAUAUCGAGCGAAAGCGGGUCUGACGGUGAUGACUUCGUUUAUAUGUCAGAUGACUAUGUCUGUAGUGAUGACGAAACCGAAAACAGUAUACUAUCCUGUGAAUUAGGAAAUGGAAAAGGAAACACUGAACACAACAAAACUUCGACUCUGAUCAAAAGAAAAGAAGCAACGGAGAAAAAUGCAGUAAUGGGAAAAAUAUUCAAAAAUAACGCUUUGCGCACUGAAAGAAAAAGCCCAAAAAGUAUAGAAAUCGUAAAGCCUAAAGCUAAUCUAGACCAAUUGUUUGAUAGUUUACUAGAAAAUAAACCUAAAACCUCUCAAGACACAAAUGAUGAAGUGUCUAGUGAUAAAGACGAAGUUCCACCAUCACGGGUGUAUCUUAGCAUAUCACCUCAAAAAGAAGAUCAAUCGCGUUAUAACAAAUCUUUGAAACGAUCUGAUCACGCAUUGACUCUGUCAAGUGAACCUGGAUUAACUCAAAAGUACAGUACACCCUCACCAACUUUACAUCCAUCUUUGGCAUCAUUUUCUACAAGGCGUAAGUCUAUAACACCCCCAAGAAAACUGGAGCCAAAUAUCAAACCAAUUUCAAUUUCACACCAUGUAUCCUCGAAACGAAACGAUGAUCAUAAAAAAAUUGAAUCACCAACCGAGGUACAUUCAAAGAAAUACGAACCUUUACAAUCAAGCAAUAAAAAUCUAACUGCGGCAGAUACAGAUGACACUCUACGUAGACGAAGUGAUGAAUUUGAUUACAAGGAAACGAAAUCUAAGGCUUUGUUUUACCAAGAUAAAUUAGAUAAUAAAAAGAAAGAAACACCCAAGUAUGACAGUUAUGAUUAUGACGUGGACUCCUACGACCCCAUCCUGUCGGAAGAUGCUGGAGUUGCAAGACAGAGAGCACGCAGAAAAUGUACUGUUGGGAAGCAAAAUGUUCUAGCCGAGACUUGGAGCUCCGAAUCCGAACCGGACGGUGCUCCUCCACGACCUAACAGUGCCGAAUCUGUGGCCGCUGGUAGCGGACGCAAGAAGAAAGGUAGGAAGAGAGAUAGUCAGUCGAGCAGCAAUCGAAAGGCGAGCAGGCAGGUUUCUUCAAAGAAACACGAAUAUGAAAGCAGGGUAGAUAGCAGUAAUCGCAGCGCAGGAAGUGGCGUGCCGGCAAGGCCGCGGUCGCCGCCUCACUACUGGUCGGCGGGCGAGGACGAGCAGGAGCACCCCCAGCAGCACGGUUGGAUAGUCGGCGAUAGUCACAAGAAACUCGUCACUAUGUUAGCUCAUGCGAAAGGGCGCAAGCGCAGCGGCGAUGAGAAACGUCACUUGCUCGAGUAAGGCUACGUUAUAUAGGGUAUGAUAAUGACUUUUUGUAAAUAUUUUGUACAUAAUAUUCUAGUUGUUUAUGAAUGUCAUUAUUAUGACAUUACGACCAGAAACUUUUUAAUCUAAAGUUUAAUUAAUUUCAGUUUUGUAAAUAUUGUAUAUCUUUUAUAGUAUAUUUUAGUUAAAUUUUUAAAUGAGCCUACGUACUGUUGGGGUUGAUUUAAUAAAAUCGACUGUUAAGCAACCUUUGCAGUAUCUUAGCUAAAUUUUUAGCGGAGUAUAUUUUAUUUCGAAUUCGAUAUGUCAUCUUAUAUUGAUUUCACAGUUUAUCUAUUAAAAUAUGAAUUCGAAGGAGAUAGAGCAUUGUCUUUAAUAUAAUAUGAUAGGCGUUCGUAGGUUAGUCGUAGAAUAUCAGCGCUAAUUUAAUGUGUCUAAUAGAGAAUCUAUCCAAAAGUAUAUUCACUUUAAUCUUAUCAGCGCUUAUUCUUAUCAGUUUUUUAACGAAAACAUUUCAUAAUUUUAUUUAUCGUUUUCUAGCCGCAAAGGGAAAUAAGGCUUCAAGUAUAAUUGAAUUUAUUUAAUAAA